UUUUGCAGAGAUUUCUAGACGACGUGAUGAUGUUGAUACAAGGACUUGUCAUAUUUCUUGCCGUGUUCAAUAAUAUAGAAUCUAGGAAACUUGAGUUUGUACAAGCACUGUGGCGACAUGGAGACCGUGCUCCUCUACACUUACCGUAUCCAAAUGACCAGUACACAGAAAAAGCUUGGUCAAGGGGAUGGGGGCAGUUGACUUCGAUUGGAAUGCAACAACUUCACGAGCUCGGAGAGUUCUUCCGACACCAAUACGUGGACUCUUCAUUUAUUCCGUCUAAUUUUUCAGUGAAAGAAGUCUACCUGCGCUCUUCCGAUUCUGAUCGUGCUUUGGUAUCUGCACAAGCAUUUCUUUACGGGCUAUACCCAGCUUCUGGUGGUUAUCAAUGGAGCUCAGAUAUAGACUGGCAACCUCUUCCAGUACAUGCAUCUACUCCAGGAGAACCUGAUUUGGUGUGCAAACCAACUGCGAUAAAAUGUGCUCGUCAUGAAGUUUUAGUGGCUCAAGGCGAUCAAGAAUCAAACGCUUAUUAUAGUGUUAAGUAUGCAGACUUCUUCAGUGAACUUUCUCAAACUACAGGAUUCAAACACUGUUCAUAUAUGGAUAUUAAUGGAUUAUUCGAUAUACAAAGAGAGUUGAUUCAUAACAUGACUGCAAAACAGCCUUAUUGGGUUACACAAACCUGGCCUCAAUAUGACAAUCGUACUUCAAUGGACAUUAUAACUGAAAUGAGGACCGUUCGAAUGAUGAAUCUAUUUAAUUCAGAAGAGAAAGGAAAACUUGAAGGAGGCUCCGUUCUUUACAAUUGGAUUCAAAAUGCAAUUGCAGUUUCUGAGAGCAGAAAUGAUCAGAGAAUGCUUCUUUAUUCUUCGCAUGAUGGUGUUCUUCUUGCACUUCUCAAUGCAUUCCGUGCUUCAAAUGAGAUGAUGGUUCCUUAUGCGGCUGCACUUAUCAUGCAUGUUUAUUCAGACAACGGAAAAUUUUAUUCUGAGCUCUACUAUCGAAAUGAGACUACAUCGGAUCCAUACAGAAUUCCGCUUUCCCGAUGCCCGGAACCUUGUGAAGUGUCGCAAUUGGCAGUGGCUUUUUCAAAUAUGACAGUUACAAACUACUCGGAUAUGAUGACGUUAUGCGGGACUCCUCUCAAAGCAUGUGGAAACUCGUCUUACACGUUCAACUCUUUAUCAUUUUUCUUACCAUUUCUCUUAGCGAGUUUAUUUUAUUCAAAAUGAACUAGAUCUUAACAUUGGUUCCCAUGGAACCAUUAAAUAAAUUAUUGCUAUCUUACA